AGAAAGUGAAAACAGAAACUGUUUUACUUCGUGUAAACUCGACGUCGGUCCCCUCUGCGGUCCGACGGCGUCCCUGCGUCCAGCAGGUGUACAUACACCUCGCUCGUGGUCUGUUGGGAACACCGCUACGUAUCGAUCCCAGGGUAUUUUUCGGCUGUUUGAUUCACACUCGCGUCCAGAACUCAAAAGCUUUCUCUGCUUUGUGUCUCGGCUGUGUCGCGCAAAAACGCCGUUUUCCGAGUUGUCGCACCGUCGAGGGCAUCUGGAGGCGAAGUACUUCCGCACUGCCACCGUGUCCGCGAGUCAUCGGGUGUAUGCACACCUCAGAACCGUCUCCCAUCGUCGCCUUCUUUGUGUAUGCCAAGGAGCAGAACUGUUUUCAGUUGUUGUCUCUUCGUUCCGCUUUGUCUCCCUUUUCUCGACUGUCGUGGCAUCCCGUCGUUUCCUAACGAAGUGGAGACUUCUGUUCGCGGUUCGCAGGAGGCGAGUCUUGGACGACGCCUGCCGGUCCUUUGGCCACUCUGUGCUCUGGAAUUUGACUGGUUCUGCUCCCCAAGGACCCAGAAUGAUGGGACAAAUGCAGUCUCUUUCUGCUGGCGGAGCCUCACUGCUCGCUGACGGCAGUGUUUGUCGAAAGGCACUUCUUGCGGCGAUUCUCAGUCCUCGUGCCAUCGGGACUCUGCGUGCAUCAUCUGACCUUCGACCGCUGUCGCCUUUUCUCUCUCAGCCUUGUUCUUCUUUCUGCUCUUCGUGUGGUGCGAAAUAUGUUCGGCGCUGGCCUUCUUUCCAGUCCGUUAACGCCGGGAUGUCUCUAGGCUCCUCCGUCGGUUCCUUCCCGUGUAUUCCGUCUUCGGUGUCGGCUUGUACUUCCUCUCGUGUUUCUCCGCGGUUUGCUCUCUCCAGCUAUUCCGCUUUAUCUCCUUUUCUCUCUUCUUCCUCGCCUCCUGCAGUGGCGUCUCCCACCGCAGCGGCGACCCGGGUGAGUUCUCCCCCCUCGGAGACUCCCAGCAGAGAGUGGGAGGCAUGUUCUACGAAGAGACAUCUGUGGUUCUCCUCCAAAGACACCCAAGAAACACCGGCAGAUCGCGAGGGAACGGCGGCUGACGUGAACGAAGGGACAACGGCCGGAUCUAGCCAAGCUUCAGAGAAGCGAAGCGGCGACAACGACACACAAGCCCAGGGACCUCCCGUUGUGACGUUUACCAGCGCCGAUGGCCAGACGGAGCUGCAGUGUCCGUACAGGACCGGGCAAACUGUGUUGAUGGUAGCGUUUGAAAACGACGUUGGCAUCGAGGGCGCAUGUGGAGGCCAGUGUGCAUGCAGCACAUGCCACGUUAUUCUGAACGCGGCGGACUUCGCUAAGUUCCCUGAGGCAGACGACGAUGAGCAGGACAUGCUCGAUUUGGCUGUACAUACAACAAACACAUCGCGCUUAGGUUGCCGGCUGAAGCUCGGAGAAGAACACAAUGGUGUAAAGCUGCAGCUGCCAGUGGCAACGGUCAACCAAAUGUACCGCUGACACUGAAAAUGCAGAUGGAAACAUGAACGUUUUGAUUCUUGAACACUCAGGGUUGGAGGCAGCGGUUAUCGCCCAGUUAUUUGUCGAAUGCCACGGACGACGGGGGAGGCUGGGGGUUCCUCCCGUCUCGUUUUAAUACGUAUAUGUUUCCGUCCUCCUGCCAAUCUGGGUGGUGUUUCUUUAAAUUUGAGAGAUGUGUUGUUUUGCCGGGGCCGUCGACAGCGGUGAGAAGCGAAAGGUCGAUUCGGCUUCUUCACCCAGGCUACGAGCUAACAUUUGAAUGCCACCCAGGUGGCUUUGCUCGUCCCGCAUGCCUCGUGGGCAGAGGCAAGGAAGAGUCGGGGGAGCGCUGCCUGGAGAAGACGCACUGUUUUUUUGAUGCCGGUAGAGUCAUGAAUUUGAAGAAGAGAGAACGCUGUGUAUUGUGUGCGGUCGGGCAUGUUCUUUGCCCGCAGAAACCGUCACUCUUUUUAAUUCAGG